GGCCCUUGGGGGCGGGGGCGGACCAGGAGCGGAGCCAGGGGCCAUGGCGGCGCCCGCGGACCCAAGGCGGCUGUGCCGGCUGGUGCAGGAAGGCCGGCUGUGUGCCCUGCGGGAGGAGCUGCGGGCUGCGGGGCGCGCCGGCUGCGCGGGGCCGGCCAGGGACACCCUUCUGCAUUGCGCCGCGCGCCACGGCCGCCGGGAAAUCCUGGCCUAUCUGGUCGAGGCCUGGCAGCUGGACAUCGAGGCUGCCAACAGAGACUACAAGCGGCCUCUGCACGAGGCUGCCGCCAUGGGCCACCGGGACUGCGUGCGGUAUCUGCUGGGCCGAGGGGCCGCGGUCGACUGCCUGAAGAAGGCCGACUGGACUCCUCUGAUGAUGGCUUGCACAAGGAGGAAUCUUGAGGUGGUCCAGGACCUCGUGGAGCAUGGCGCCAAUCCACUGCUGAAGAACAAAGAUGGCUGGAACAGUUUCCACAUUGCCAGCCGAGAAGGCGACCCUCUGAUCCUCCAGUACCUGCUCGCUGUUUGCCCAGCUGCCUGGAAGACAGAGAGCAAGAUUGGGAGAACCCCGCUGCACACGGCAGCAAUGCAUGGCUGUUCAGAGGCAGUAGAGGUGCUUCUUCAGAGGUGCCAGUAUGAACCGGACUGCAGAGACAAGUGUGGCCUCACACCCUUCAUGGACGCCAUCCAGUGUGGACACAUCGACGUAGCCAGGCUGCUCCUCGAAAAACACAAGGCUUGUGUUUCUGCUGAGGACUCCCUGGGGGCCCAGGCCAUCCACCGGGCAGCAGUCACUGGGCAGAAUGAGGCCGUCCAAUUCUUGGUCUCUGAGCUUGGCAUCAACGUAGAUGUGAGAGCAGCCUCCACCCACCUCACAGCACUUCACUACGCAGCUAAGGAAGGACACGUAAGCACAAUUCAGACACUCUUGUCCUUGGGUGCCGACAUCAACGCCAAGGACGAAAGAAAUCGAUCAGCUGCAGUUAACCGUUUCCUGUUGCUCCAGAGAUGUCUUCGUGUCCCUGCCUUUGGGUCUGAGGAUGGCCUGUUACGUGCAUCCCUACUUGCAGGUGGGACAGAAAGACCGGUCUGGGGCUGCCCUUCUCCCCUCAACACACACGUGAAGCAGCUUUUUCUUUGCAGUGACUGCACACAGUGUCUUCUGGAAAUUUCUCUUGACUUGUCGUGUGGGUUCCUCCUGUUCAUCCUGGCCCCUGAGCACCACCCCCCAGAGAAGCCGUGCAGGACCCCAGCCUCAGAGCAGCCCUUCUGCAGCACUUUGUCCCAUCCCUUCACGCAGCUGUUCAUAACUGCCCGGAUAAUGCCGUGCUUUCCUACGAAACAAAAACCCACGAGAUCAGCAUCCACAUCUGCUUUGCGGUUGGCAUAGUGUGGAAUGAAUGAAUUCCACAGUGAGGAGCUGUGGGAAAAGGACCAGCGUCUGCCCUCACGAGUCUGAUGUCUGAGAGAGGAGCAAGGCUUGUUCUGUGACUAUGUGACAGGCACAGUGUGCUGGGGGCCAGGAGAGGAGACAGCUUCGCAGAAGACGUGUUAUCUGGGAUGGGCCUCGAAGGAUGGAAAGAAUUUUGAUUCGUGGGCUUUCUGAGCGGAGUCCACAACAACGAUAUGAUAUCGUGAGUUUGGGGCUGCCAGAGAAGAUGCAGUUACAUCUGAAUUUCAGGUAAACCACGGGUACUGUUUAGUAUAAAUAUGUCCCAGAUAUUUCGCAGGAUAUAAUUACACUCACAAAGUAUUCGCGGUUUAUCUGAAAUUCAGGUUUAAGGGGGUGUCCCGGGUUUUCACUUGCCAGGUCUGGUGACCCUAAGUGAAACUCCAGUUCACAGAGCAUCCUUGCCUCUGCUGGGCAGUUUCUGCUGAACAGUGGCCCCUUUGUUUCCCGUCUCACAAACCAGGGACAGAGACAGCGUGAAAAGUCAUGUGACUCCUCUGUGGGCAUCUCAGCCCCUCGAGAUGCCAUGUUCAGGUGCCCCCGAGCUCACCCAUGCCGAGUCAGAGCAGGUGUGUAGGAUGAAUGCCAGGAACCAGGCUUGGGUGGCAGAGGACUCUCCCUGCCUUUCACUGUCUGGGAGACUGCACCAAGUGACUCAAGGUUCUCAUCUGCACAAAGGCCACAACACCCACCCGGCAAAAUCGCCAGAGUACAACGCCUGGCACACUGAAGGGGCUGAGCGAAGAGUUGGCACCGUGGCAUUGUUAUUUUGUUUGUAACCUGUCUUUAAAAGCAUCUCCAUGGCUUACUGUGUGGUGUCCGUUUCCCCGAUAGCAACAGGGAACAGUAUUGUCAAAAUUUUUCAGAUCUUAGAGUUUUAAGUCUAAGAACCCAUCCAGGGACUUCCCUGGCAGUCCAGUGGUUAAGACUGCGCCUUCCAGUGCAGGGGGUGUGGGUUUGAUCCCUGGUCGGGGAGCUAAGAUCCCACAUGCCUCGCAGCCAAAAAACCGAAACAUAAAAAAAACAGGAGCAAUAUUGUAACAAAUUCAAUAAGGACAUUAAAAACGGUCCACAUCAAAAAAAAAAGCACCCAUCCAAUCCAGUGGAGGCUCAGCAAAGUUCAAUAACUUGUCUGCCCUACAGCCAAGUGUCUGAAAACCCAGCUGGCACCCUGCCCUCUUAGUCACGGGUGUGACGCUCCCCGAACGUCCAGUCACCCAGGCAUUUCUCCAUGAAGGCAUCAGGCUGCAUCGCUACCUCUUUCCAAUAGUUGGGAGAUUUUCUCUCUUUUAAAUAUCAGUGAGAGGGAACCUCCCUGGUGGCGCAGUUGUUAAGAAUCUGCCUGCCAACGCAGGGGACACGGGUUCAAUCCCUAGUCCGGGAAGAUCCCACAUGCCAUGGAGCAACAAAGCCCACGUGCCACAGCUACUGAAGACUGCGUACUUAGAGCCCAUGCUCUGCAAAAAGAAAAGCCACCACAAUGAGAAGCCCGUGCACCGCAACGAAGAGUAGCCCCCGCUCACUGCAACUAGAGAAAGCCCGCGCGCAGCAACGAAGACCCAAUGCAGCCCAAAAAAUUAAUAAAUAUUAGUGAGAAUUGUGCCAAGGCAGGAAUUUCAGUUUCCCACUCCAUCUGCCGGAACAUAAUCCAGAAGUUGUCUUUUCUCACUGGCCUCAGCACCGAACUUGUGAGCCUGACUUCUCGGUGGGGUGAAUUUCCUGCCGCCUACACACACACACGUCUUACUCAUUUUUUUCAGCGUGUAGGAUACCCCCCCAUGAUAAUAACCAAACACUUUUACUAUGCAGGUGUCCGAAAUAGUAAGUGGAUCGAAAGUGGGUUGCUAAUGACAGCAGGCAAACAGCCCAACCACAUUUCCCCUGCUUUGCCUUUUGGUUUUCACUUCAGUUUUGUUUUGCCAAGUCAAAGGAGCUCACAGGAGAGGCCAGGCUGCCAGGCCGACAGCAGGGCCUGAGAUCGUGUACCUGGGGCUCUUCUAUAGUCAGCAUCUGCAUUGCUUGGGUUAACUGAUCUUCACCAUAUUUUUCCAAAUGUCAGGGAAGAAUGGGACCAGGGAGAGAGGAGCAACUGAUUGUGACAUGAGUUUCUCAGACGUCCCGGCUUUGUGACUCAUUGCAACAGCUCGGCUGGUUUACCGUGGGGACGUUGCCCACCUGCCAGUGUCCAAUAAUGGAACAGGGGUCCAUUGGACCCCUGGGAUCAACAAUAAUCUUCCCUUUUCUCUUAAUCCAAAGAUGGGGUGGUACACUCUGUAGGCAAGUAACAUCCUUCAAAACGAUUAACCCACGAGGAAGUGGGGGGAAGGGCCAGGGACAGGGAAGGACCAAAAAAAAACAACCACCCACAAAUCAUCUCGAACCAGUUCUUCUUUACAAGUGGUUUUCAAGCAACUAACAAGAUCCUAUUCUCUAGAUAUUUUCACGGGGCAAAUCACAAAACAAAUCGUCCCCCUGGCAGAUUGGCGAGUAAAUACAUCCAAGGCUAUGUUAUAAACGAAAUACCCAGUUCUACAGGAAGGCUUGAAAAAUACCUCUGAGUAAAAUAAGAGGAAGUUAUGAGGAGGUUGUGAUUUAGAGUGCGUUCAGAGCAAAGAUUUGAGAGGGUGCUCCCUGAGAAGCCAUCAUCACCUUCUGUUCACUCUGUUUCCCAUGAGGGAAGAAGAGGUUUCCUGAAGGAAGUAGCAUCUUUGGGUCGACCCACGUGGGAGAUGAGGUGUCAGGAGCCACUGACCCAACUCCCAGGCUCAGAAUUGUGAGAUUCCUGGACCAACCAAAGACUCACAGUUGACUCUUCUUUAAAAAAAAAAAGAGAGAGAGAGAGAGAGAUCUCACGUGAUGAUUGUUGAUAAGACCAAUUCCUCUAGUUUAUCCCCUCUGAGGUGGUCACCAUCCUUCCUGACAGCCAAGUCCAGCUAGACAGCACACACAGCUUCCCCUCAGAUAAACAGGAAAGAGAGAGGAGAGGGAGAAGGCAGGUUGUGGAAGGAAAUUAUUAUUUACGCAGAUGAAAAUAGCUGGGUGAUUCCACAUUUUCACUGCGGGAGGAAGGAGUUGCCAUUUGAUAGAACAGCUGCUCUUCCCAUCAGAGAGCCUGGUAACUUGUGAAAAGCUAAAUACAGUGCUGGUUUAGAAUUGGGUCUGUGCCGGCCUCAGUGUGAGCAUGAGUUUUAAGAAUUAGAUUUUUUUAAAUGCAAUUACCAAAGACAGAAAAGGUGUAGCUAAAAUGGGUGAUUUAUUCAACAAGGACCUGCUGUAUAGCACAGGGAACUCUAAAUAUUCUGUAAUUACCUAUAUGGGAAAAGAAUCUGAAAAAGAAUGGAUAUAUGUAUAUGUAUAACUGAAUCACUUAGCUGUACACCUGAAACUAACACAACAUUGUAAAUCAACUAUACUCCAAUAUAAAAUAAAAACUAAAUUUUAAAAAAGACUAAAAAUAUAAAAUGGGUGAUUUAAACUUUUUUAUUGCUAACUAUACAACAUGAAUACAUGAUCAAGUGCAGGAAAACAUAAAAGGGCAGAAAAGGCUUACGAUUUUAAAUGUUUAUUAAAAUAAAAGUGUAAGCAUGCAAAUAACACAAACAAUAUAGAACUAUGAACACAGAAAGUGAAAGUUCCCUGUUAUCCUUUCCAGAACCAACCAGAGGUAACAGCUUAGUGAGCAGUUUUCCAGAUUUUUAUCUAUAUGUAUGUAAUCAAAUACAUACAUUUGCAGGGGAGGGUACUACAAAAACUAUGAUCAUAAUUUAAUACUUUCUUUGGGGGGUUCACUUUCUUUUUCUCUCAUAACUAUAUCUUGGACAUCCUUCCAUGCUAGGACUUUAUAGGCACACCUUACACUUCUCAACUGCUACAUAGGGUUCUAUUGAGUGGGUAUAAUUGCAGGUGCACAUUGUAACCCAAAUUUUAUCUAAUAGCAUUAUAGUCAAA